AUGGAGAACAUGUCAUCAUCAAUUGAACCGGUGCCGGUGGUGCCGCGCACCGCCAAUUUGCUGGCCUGCAAACAAUGGUGGCGCGUCUGCUUUUUAUACGGUGACCAACAGAAAUACUACCGUCAAGUUUACAGCAAAGCGGCUGCGCAACGUCUGGCUCUCUCUACUGGCGGCGCUGUUACCACAGGCUUCCAAAUGGACAACGACCACAACAACGACAACGACAACGAAAAUGAGACGAACAGUGGCAAGGACAGCGGUUGUAGUGGCAGCAUGCAGACCGCUGACUACGAUAUAGUGGCAGGCGAUUUUAUCGAAACGCAAUUAGACGAAGCAGAUGCCAACGCAACAACAACAAGAGCCGCGUUAGCAGAUGCGAUCAAUGGCGCCGAUAUGAGUAAAAACCAUAAUCCCGAGGUGGACAAACUGUUGGUGAAGAAAAAGAAGAAGCAAAAAAGUAAAGAAGGUGACGAACAAGCGCCUCCAGUGCCACUCUUUCCCUCCAAAUAUCAAACGAACACCACUUCAGCGGCCGGGUCGUCAACCACUUCGUCGAUGUCUGCAACAAAUCGCGGCAAAAAGUUGUUACGCUCUCUACGUGGUCAUGUGAGUAAAGUGGGUGAGUCGGCAGCGGGCGGAAAAUCGUCGAAGGAGCGGCAUAAAAACGCACAACAAGCAAACGACCUACACGCCAGCGAAGCGACCAAAGGUAAUGCCAGAGUCACUGUUUUGGAUGAUCCCUUUCUUUUCGGCAUCGACGCCGAUCACUUGGGUGAUUUGGUGGUGCGCGACAAGCAAUAUGCAACCAAUACUAUGGAAGAUAUAUCCAAAUAUUAUAGUUCCUAUUUGGAGCAAGAAAAGUUGGAGAUGGAUGUGCAGAAUGGCGCACAAGUGGAUUUUGGGCAACAUUUGCCGACGGCGCCCUCAACGCCAGAGCAGUGUGGCUCUAUGCAAUACGAGGCGGACGAGCCGAAGCCAGCGUUACCACCUAAGAAGAAGAAGCAAAGUAAUUAUGAAACUUUUAAUGGCUUAGUAAAUGAUGGCACGGAGAAUAGUGGUGCGUCACAUGAACUCCAGCUAAACGAGAACGACUUACAAUUUCUAAAACUGAAUAUGCGCAAUCGCAGUUUGCCACGUAGCAUGAAACCGUUUAAGGAUGUGCCGACUGAUAUUAGCUUUACCUUUACGGAAGCGGAGGGUGACACCACGUCAGCGUCACGUCCAGCGCCGUUACAGAAGAGCGCCACCUGUGAGCGAGAUAUGAAUUUGGCAGCUCAUCUGCAGCAAAGAGGGAGUGAAGAGCCCAUCAGCCGCACGCCGUUGACACAAGUUUCGUAUUUGCAAAAAAUACCAACACUACCGCGUCAUUUUUCGCCCAGCGCAGCAGCCGCAGCAGCAGUGUCGGUUGGUGGUAGUGGCAGUUUAGGUAUUAGCGGGCCAGGUGCAACCAGCGGCUUGCCCAGCAGCUCGUCUGCUAGCGCUUUAUACAGCCCCAAUGCCACAGGUUUGCCAACGUCACCGCUACCACUGCAACGUCAAUUCCAUCACCCGCCGCCACCGAUAUCACAACAACAACAACCGCCACUACCACCAUCCCAUCACCAUCAAUUGCAUCAACAAUAUUUGCCACCACAUCAUCAACUACCGCCACCAGCGCCGCCGCAUGGCUCACCUUCAGUCGGCAUGCUGGCGCAUCACGCACCACAACAGUAUUCGCCAGCGCAUUCGGCACACUCUUCAUCGUCCAAAUACUCGACCUCAUCGCUGAAACACCAACAUCCACCGCACGGAAUGCACCAGCAGCAGCAGCAUCAACAACAACAUGUGCCCCACCAACUGUCGCCAGCGAUUUCAUCUCCCUCACCGCCUUCGCUGCUACAUCAUCCUUCGUCUGCGCACCCGCCUUUCGCGCUUGUUGGCCACCAGCAGCUCGACAUGCAGCGGCAUUCCCAUUCAGACGAUGACAGCGGUUGCGCGCUGGAAGAAUAUACUUGGGUGCCGCCCGGUCUAAGGCCAGAUCAGGUUCGCUUGUAUUUCUCACAAAUACCCGAUGACAAAGUGCCAUACGUGAAUAGUCCGGGUGAACAGUAUCGAGUGCGACAAUUGCUGCAUCAACUUCCGCCACACGAUAAUGAGGUUCGUUACUGUCACUCAUUGACGGAUGAGGAACGCAAGGAACUUCGCCUAUUCUCCACACAACGCAAACGUGACGCGCUCGGACGUGGCAAUGUCAGACAGUUGAUGAGUGCGCGUCCGUGUGACGGUUGUGACGAAUUGAUUUCCACCGGGGAUAUAGCUGUGUUUGCUACACGUCUGGGUCCAAACGCUUCGUGGCAUCCGGGUUGCUUCAUUUGCUGCAUCUGCCAUGAGCUGCUAGUCGAUCUCAUUUACUUUCAUCGCGAUGGCCGACUGUACUGCGGACGUCACCAUGCAGAGACACUGAAGCCACGUUGUUCCGCCUGUGAUGAGAUAAUCCUUGCUGAUGAAUGCACCGAGGCGGAAGGACGUGCCUGGCAUAUGAACCACUUCGCCUGUCAGGAGUGUGAGAAGCAGCUCGGUGGCCAGCGGUAUAUAAUGCGCGAAGGCAAGCCCUAUUGCCUGCUUUGCUUCGAUGCCAUGUUCGCCGAGUACUGUGACUAUUGCGGCGAAUCUAUCGGUGUGGAUCAGGGUCAAAUGAGUCAUGAUGGCCAGCACUGGCACGCGACGGACGAGUGUUUCUCCUGCAAUACUUGUCGUUGUUCGCUUUUGGGACGCGCCUUCCUACCGCGGCGUGGUUCCAUUUACUGUUCGAUUGCAUGCAGCAAAGGUGAACCGCCUACACCAUCGGACAGUUCAGGCACUGGCAUGUACACCACACCGACACCGCCAACGCAACGCGUGCGCCCGCAGACACGCAUACCCAGCAGUCACGCAUCGAGUUCGCCGCCAAUGUCGCCAAUACAGCAGCAACAGCACCAGCAAAGUUUUAAUCAGGCAAUGUAUCAGUUGCAGAGUCAGCAGAUAGCGGCAGGUAUAGUUGGUGGUGGUGGUAGCGGUGGCGAUGCCGGCAUUGCCGGGGUGGAUGGUGGUGAUGGAAGUGGUGCUGGCAGGGGAAUUGAGAUGGGUGGUCUGGAGUGUAUGCCAGCUGGCAUGAGCGCAGCUACAAUGAUGAGUGGCACAGUCGAUAUGACGCUUAUGGAGGCAACUAAACAGAGCUACCCAACCUCAGACUCGGAUGGUGGUGUGGUCAAGGAUAUGGAGCGUGCAAGCGGUAGUCACGGUACUGGCGACUUUACAGACUUUUCGGGCGGCGCGCCAUCUACGUCUUCACAAAAUCUAUCACCGCUGAUCUCACCUUCUGAAUACACGCAUCUAAUGCCCAAGCCAAUGGAACUCAAAUCUGAAGCGGCUUACAACUUCAAUGAGAUGUCGCUGAACUUGGAUGCCGCUUGGCCUGCCAAACCGCCGCAUACUGGUGCGCACACUUACAACCUGCCGCGCCAUAUCCAGCGUGUUUCUAAAAUGGAGAGCUCCAUGACCUCGAGCAUGCCUGAACUCACAGGGCGACAACCCAUGCAGGUACCACAUGCGGGCGCGCAUACCUCCUCGCAGCAAUUUGCACACGAUUACAGUGACGCGAUCACUUCACCGCUGCCCUCUGACAUCGGUGAGCUACCCACACCUAACUUGUCAGUGGCCUCUACUGCGCUGCCGCCCGAAUUGAUGGGUUCACCCACCGCUUCGGGUGGUGAACGUUCAAUUACCUCACCGCAGUCCAUGAACUCUGGACAAGCGCCCGCUCAUCCUGUAUCCAUACUCAGCGGCGCAUCUUCCUCAUCACCAAUGAGCGGUGCAACAGGCGGCGGUGAGGUGAAGAAAAAAGGUGUACGCUUCGAAGGCAUACCAGCGGAAACGCUGCCGCGCUCGCGCAGCUACUCAGGAAAUGGUGCGGGCACAGGUAGCGGCAGCAGCGGUGGCGGUGGCGGCGGAGAUGGAAGUAGACAUAAAGAGAGCGCCAGUGCCGAACGCUCUUCCGGAAGCAGCGGACACUCAUCGCGACGGAGGCGUCGGCGCAAAUCAUCAGGACAUCGCAACAGCGGCUAUCGUACACAUUCAACAACGCGUGCUGAUACUUACGUGACCGCGCAACCGCUCUCUUCUUCUUAUCAGGGACCACCCUCCGUGUUGCAAAGCGCUUCGGUCUCCCAAGUUGGUAGCAGCGCGUCCGCAACAGCGCAUGCCACGCGUUGUGGCGAUGAUGAAUCGGAUGAUGCUUCAAGCGUUUGCUCCACCUGUUCAUCAUCUUCAUCCUCCUCUGAGGACUACAUGAUGAUGUACCAAUUGCCGCAGCGGCGUCACUAUGGCGGUGUGCGUGUGAGUUAUGUUCCCAACGAUGCGCUCGCUUACGAUCGCAAGCGUAAACCGACGGAUAUGAGUGAUAAGGACAAGAACUGCAUCAUUUCGUGAUGCGAUAGUGCGUCAUCGAAUCAACUUGAGCGGUUUGAGAAGUCAUUAAAUGUCAUCUGUCGAACGAAAAGUGAAAAUGGGCGGUAAGAGCCGCUGGCAAAAUGCGGCAGCUAAAGCUACAAGACGGCAUUCAACAAAGAAGUACAACAAAAUUCAAAAGUAAAAUGAAUUUGAAAAAAAGAGGCAACAUACAUUAAAAUUUAAUACUAUAGCUGGCAGGCAAGCAGCAGCACGGCGAUGGUGCGUAACAAAGCGUUUGUAAAUCUAAUAUGAAAUACAAUUGAGUUAUGGCUUAUUUAUAAAAAGCCUUUUGAACUUAAAUUAGUUAAAAAAUUUUAAUUUUCAAAUUAGAAAUUUGUAUGUGAAUAAUAUAAUUUUGGGGAAAUUUUUGGGCAAAUGGCCUAAAACUGUUUUAUGGUCAAUCUUUAGCUUCUUGGCUAUGCUACGACUAUUAACAUGCAAGUCAACUUCGAUUAUUUCUGUGAUUUUAUUGACAUUUUCUUUAACAUCAAAAAUGCCUGAACGGCACCAUAAUCACAAUUCACAAUUUCAGCGGCCUGACUUGCAUUUUCGUUGUAAACGGAGAAGAAGGUGCUGAGAUGAUUCCAUCACGUCCUCCGGACAGCUUCUGCAGAAAGGACUCUCAAAAGUUCUCUCAAGCGUCCUCGAUCUACCCAUGUCCAGAAGGAUCUCGCGACUUUGCACGUUUGGUCGCCGUCGCUGAGUUGACGCGAAGCCCAUCUUUCCCGUAGCAGACUACAGGUUCUCAAGGGAACUCAAAUCCUCUCAUGUUGCGAUAAAGCCGUCUCCGGGGUCCUCUGUCUAGCCAGCUCAUCAGC